CUCGUCCAUGACCUCACCCUCCGUCUCUUGGCGUACAUUCCUCGAGACCUAAGAGGUCUCGCCGCGGUCUCUGAACAAGGUUCUAUAAGUAGGUGUGCAUUGACAUAUGGCGCUGUACAACACCAGUCGCUUUGUUCAGGGUCUCCUCAAGGACCAUGAGAACUCACCACCAUCAUUCACGGUGCGACUCUACCGCGAACACUGGGUACUGAACAACGGGUCCAAAUUCCUGUACAAUAAUCAAAUUGCGUCGCUAUUGGACGAUAUCCGCAGCCAGCAUAUACCCGUAGAUUUCUUAGAGCUGUUCGAUGCCGCUAAGCUACCAUUCUACGAAGGUUGUCUCAUAGUGGAAUUGCUGGACUAUAGACCACCGAAGAGUAGCGAUCCCGACCUUGAGCAGCCCGAGAAGACACGCGUCGUCUUGACACCCACUGACGAGUCUCGGUGGCAGGAUAUAUGCUUGAUGAACCUGAGGAAUGGCUCAACAUGGACAGAUGCUGAUACUCUGGAGCUAGAGGCGCGUUUGCUAUUGGCCACAGCCCCUCCCCUGUGCUUGGAUCCAGAUAUUCACCUGGCACGUGUCGUAAAUGCUACACAGAGAGUGUCGACACCACCAGUACCCUUGCCUCUCAAGCGCAAGGCGGCUGCGCUAGAUCAAGAGGCGGAUGACUUCGAGAAGGCGCGUCGCUUGAAGCUCAUGCAGUUUAUGGCCCCGCAGCGGAAUGUCCCACCGGGAAAAUUUUCCAUCCUGGACGCAAUACAACGCAUGAAGCAAAUCAAAGCGAAUCCGCCUGCAGCGUCAGGGCAGACCAUGCCUAUAACUGCUCCGACGACUGCCUCGCCUCACACAAGCGCAGGCCCGACGCCUGUACCUACUGCUCCUCCUGCGGCAGCGCCGACAGCUGCGGUUCCCCCCGGCCCUGCCAAUCUCCCCGCAAAAGCGGCUACCCCCGUGCCCUCUUCAUCUACACCAGUCCCA